AUGCUUUUCUUCUCUUUUUUCAAGACUUUAGUUGACCAAGAAGUGGUCGUAGAGUUAAAAAAUGACAUCGAAAUAAAAGGUACCCUACAAUCUGUCGACCAAUUUUUGAACCUAAAACUAGACAACAUAUCAUGCACAGAUGAAAAAAAAUAUCCGCACUUAGGUUCCGUAAGGAAUAUCUUUAUAAGAGGUUCCACAGUCAGGUACGUCUAUUUGAAUAAGAAUAUGGUAGAUACGAAUUUACUGCAAGACGCUACCAGAAGGGAGGUAAUGACUGAAAGAAAAUAA